CUGAAGGUUGCCGAACCUUUCAUUAACAUGGCCACGGGUCAAUGCCGGUUCAGUAAUAUAGUCAGCAGCGUGGCUAGAUGCUAAAGCUACAGAACCGUAACGCUGUUCUAACAAGGAACGCAACAAAGGAAAGUGUCAAUAGCCAUUUGUCCUCCAGCAAGUUGGCAAAAUGUCUAUGGACUUUGACAGUGCAGCCCUGCAAACCCAGCAUGAUGAAGAGGAGUACGACCAGGAGGAUUAUGCACGAGAGCAAGAGUUGCACAAGCUGCUCACAGACUUGCCCCAUGACAUGCUGGAUGACAGCAGAGACUCCACCCCCUCAGACCUCGAGUACUCGGCCUGCAGCAACAAAAACACUGGCAGCAGCCCGCCUGCCAGCUGGACUCAGCAAUGGUCUGAUAAUCCAGCUUCUCAUGCACAGAACUAUGAAGUUGACUACAAUCGAGACUCCCACAACGGCCAUGCUUAUGAAGAUGAAGUUCAUAGUCAUGGACACCAAAGUCAGCCUCAGAGUCAGCCUCUGGCCCACACUUGGAAACAGGAUCAUCAGUUCGCACAGGGAGAUUAUGCGUGCGUGAGCAUCGGCACAGAACAAUCUGCAGAAACUUGUGAGUUUUCCACAGAGUUUCAGUCAGACUUAUACCCUCAAACCACCAAUAACCAUGUGGAAUAUAAUGCGGAAAGAGGAUACAUGGACAAACAAAGCCAUUUUCAGGCUACUUACAAUCCUCAACACCCUGCCCAUCAGCCAAAGAUGUUUAACUCACAAGGAGCUCAGCAAGACGCCCACUAUGACCAUCUGCAAAGAGAAUUCCUGGACACGACACAACAAAAUUCUGAAAGGCAGCAGUUUGCUCAGCUGCAGAUUUUGAAUAAAGCGCAACAAAGGCAAAUUGAAGAUUUGGAGCAAAAAUUGGAAGAUGCACGACGCAAAAUGAGAUACGUUGAACAUCAGUUUGCAAUUGUUAGAGAUGAAAAAGAUGGCCUGGCUGUAAGUCUGAAGGAAUCAAGUCAACUGGUCGAAGAAGCAAAAGUGAGAGAGAUUCAAAUGCAAAGCAAGCUGAAGGUGCUGGAGCAGCAAGUGCAGAUCCUCAAUGACAGAAAUCAGGAGAACAUGAAGAAGCAGAUGGUGGCAGACGCUGCGGUGGACAGCAUGAAGCAGCAGAUGCUGGAGCUUUGUCGCUCCGAUACUCUGUCCAGAGCGCGACAGCAGCACGACAGAGACCUGACCGUCAUGAAGGAGCAGCAUGACUCUGCAGUGUUGGCCCUGCAGCAGAAGCUGGACUCCACCUCUCAUUCUCUGAAAGCACAGGUUGAUGUUUGUCAGAGUUUACGAGAGCAGGUGAAACAGCUGGAGUGCCAGAGAGAAGAACAACAGCUGGAGAGAGCCAAAGUCAUCAACGCCCUCACUCAGCGUCUGGAGGAGAGUCAACAGCAUUGCGCCAAACUGCUGGAGACAAGUUCAGUCCAAGAGAUGAGUCAAAUGCAAAUCAAACUGCAACAAGCACAAUCAGCUAAGGCACUAAGUGAAAACAUGAACAAAGUUUUACAGGAGGAUAUGGCUGAUCUGAAGGAGCAGAUUACACUCUAUGAAUCAGCCAUCAAACAUGGUGUUAUUGCUUUGGAACCGAGCAGUGACUGGGAGAAUCAGCUGUCUGAAUCAUGCUUGGAUCUGGGGCUGAAGAAAACAAACAGGAAGAACGGCCUGCUGCAUAGCACUGCUCUCACUCAUCUGUCAGACUCCAAGCUGCCAAAGGAUGAAGCUUUACGGCUGCUCCGAGUGGAGAUGCAGCGCUGUCUGGGCAGUUUGAAGGGGAAGCGGCAGAAGAUCAGUCAGCUGCAGGAGGAGCUCCAGCACUGCCAGGCUCAAGUGAACGAGCUGCAGAAAGAGUUGGAGGAAGUCAAAGUCAAGGCUUGGGUCAGAGAGAGCAGUCAAAUGAAGCAAACAGACGUGUCUGGAGACUCUCAGAAAGAGUUGCAGAGGCUACAAGAAGACAAACGGCUUUUGCAGGAACAGCUUGAGUCGCUGGAUCAGAAGCACAAGGAGCUCAAGCAGAGUGAGGAAAAGUUGAAGGCUGCUAAUUCCGAGCUGUGCUCCAGAAUGAGGGAGAUGAUCCAGGAGCUUGACCAAGAGAAGCAGGAAGCAACAGUGAGAUCUGAGCGGAUUCAUCAGCAGUAUCGGGACGACGUGGUAAACCAGAUCAGAACAGAGCUAACGCUGGAGCAUGAGGCUCAGAUGGAAGAGCUGACUGUGCAGCACCAGCAGCAGCUUCAUCUGCUGCAGACGCAGCUCUCUGAAGUCAACGACAAGAUGCUGGGUGUGCAAGAAUGCUACCUAGCUAUCUGCAAUGAAAAGAACAUGCUUGAAGAAAGCAUUCGCAAGCGAGAGCAGGAAGAAGCUGCGAUUCGAGACCAGGCCAGUGCAGCUGUGGAGAAGCUGAGAACUGAACUUGAGGCUCAACAUCAGGCCUCGAUAAUACAGCUCAAAGCUGCCUGGUCCAAAGAGAAGAAGACUGAAAUCCAGCAGCAAGUAAACUCUCAGGUCUCUGCAGCCAAGGCUAAAUGGAAGGAGGAGAUGCAAAAGACAGAAAAGAUUUGGACUCAGAAGCUUGAGGAUGCAAAAAGACCCGCGGAGAUGGAUGAGGCGACCUGCCAGACAGACGCCGCUGAAACGACCUGUCUUACCGUAACCGCCGAGGAGCUGGACUCCCGGCUCAGCGCUCAGAAACAGCAGCUGCAGCAGGAGGCGGACAAGGCGCAGCGGAAGGCUGUGGAGGAAGCCCGAAAGCAAGCCCAGAGAGAGGCGCAGGAAAAAUACCUGGAGGACAUGGCCAAACAGGUUGAAGGUGCUGUGACCAGAGCCUACACCCGGUGGAUCGAUGACUUAACUUCAUUACCAGAAUACCAGGCCUCUCUCAUCACGGAGCAGAAGAAGUGGGAAGAAUUACAAGAGAAGCGGACUGAACAACAAGUGUCUCAGGCACUGAAGGACGCAGAGGAAAGGUGGCAGAAGAAGAAGCUGGAGGAGCAAAGCCCUGGAGGACAGCAGGUGGAGGAUCUUCAAAGGGAGUUGGCAGCUCUCCAGAACCAGCUGGAGCAGGUGACCAGAGAGCAGGCUGCUGUGAUGAAAGCUGAGCUGGCCGGAGCUCGAGAAGCCUGGAAUAGAGACAAACGACAAGAGAUCGCCAUGAUCCAAGCUCGCAGUGAGCAAGUGUACCAAACCAAGUUGCAAGAACAGCUCAGAAAGCUGGAGCAGACCAGAGAGGACGCCGAACUCCAGAAGAAGGAAAUUCUGCUUCAGAUGGAAGCCAAGUUUCAGCAGACUGUGAGGACCCGAGAGGAGGAAUGGCGAUCCCAGUGUGCAGCCAAAGAGCUGACCCACACACAGCAGCUGAGAGAGGAAUUUAAAGCCGAGCUGGAAACGGGACUGGCAGGGGUUCAGGCCGAACUUCUGAAUCAGUCCAAACCAGAGCAUCAGGAUGGUGAAGAGAGGAGUGGGACCACAGCCGAGCCGUCAAUAAGACGCCUCAUUCAUACUUCAUGCACAGACUUGAUUAAAAGAGCUGUUUCUCAGGCUAAAAAGGAGUGGGAGAAAACGAGUGAAGAGAGAAUUAGAAGAAUGUUGAAAGAAAUACAAGAACGGCAUGAGAGAGAAAUCAACAAAAUCCAAAGUUCUUUUAGUGAGAGAAAACAGGCGUCCAGCUGCAGGAAGGAGUGCGCUCAGAAUACAAGUAAACUCCAGAAGAAGAACAACGAGCUGCAGAGACAUUUGGAGAAAGCGUGCCGUCAGCUCCAGCACAGCGUCCGAGAGCACAAAACUGCAGUGCAGCAACUCAAGGAUGAACAUCAUAGCAGCUUACAGAAAGCAAAGGAGGAACAUCUACAGCAGUUAGAAGAAGUCAAGAGAGGAAACGACUCUGCAAGAUGUUCUGAUCAACUAAAACUGCAAGAAGGCCUCGAAGAGAUGAAGCAGCAGUACCUGCUGACUGUAGAGAAAAUCAGAGGAGACAUGCUGCGUUAUCUCCAGGAAAGCCGCGAACGAGCAGCAGACAUGAUCCGCAAAGAGGUGCAGAGAGAGCGGCAGGACACCGCCAGAAAGAUGCGGCACUACUACCUGAGCUGUCUGCAGGAGCUGCUGGAAGACGGAGGAAAGAGUACAGGUGCGGAGAAGAAAAUAAUGAAUGCCGCAAGCAAGCUGGUGGCCAUGGCGAAAGUGUUUGAAACGCCGGUUAAAAGUAAAUCGGGAAGGAACCACAAUUUACCAGCAGGCUGUUCGACAGCUGUGUCCUCCUCCACCCGCCCUCCAGGUGGAAGCGGAGGCUCCAGUAAGGACCUGGCAUCCCAGAAUGUGCUUCCUGGCACCAGGGCAGAGGAGAGACCCCACAGAGACGAGACUGGUGCCGAUUCAGAGCAGAACCCAGCCGCCACAGUGAGGACGAAACUCCUAAACCAUUCGGACAAACCCUCACGUGAGAAGGACGAGACGUCAGCCGACGCCGGGAUGAAGACCAAAAACCUCCACUUGCACAAGUCCCGUCAUCCGGCGUCUUUUCCUUCCGCUGCAGAUUUUGAAAACGUGUCCACGCGGGGUAAAAACAGGGAGCUGUACUUGCAGGAAAGUGACAAUCAGGGCAGGCCUUUCCUCUGCAAGGAGGCUCCAGUCCGAGAAGACAAACACCCCGACCGGAGUCUGACUGGCAGCGACUCAGAGGCCAGCUUCCACCUCUCCACGCUGUCAUUCCUCGGUCGAAAGGUGGAGCCGGUAAAGCCCUUCGCCGUGCCCGCCGCAUCGCAUAGCGUUAUUGGGGAGUUUGGCGCUCUCACCCCGGACGUUUCAGACCUCACGGUUUAUAACGAGAUCUCCAAGAAGACGCCGUACGCCGAGACCUCGGCGCUCGCGAUCAGAGUUUCUCAGAGGGAGCCCACUCCGGGCUCCGAAUGCGAGACGCAGCAGGCAGUGUGUUCCAGGCCUCUGUUUUCUGAGUUGAGGCUGCACCAGCAGGACAGUGGGUUUGACAGCCCGUUCUACCAGCAGAACUAAGAGCUGAAUUCACUCUUUACAUAGUUAUCUAGUCAUUAUCCAAUAGUGCCUCUGAUACAGCAGUGUGUGAUGAUAUACAGCUGUUGCCUUAAUAGUUGUUUGCAGUGUUUGUGUAUCUUGACGUAUUGUUGAUAACUUAGUUUGACAUAUCUGGGAAUACAUGCAUUUCUUUUCUUGCACUGAGCGAGAUGAGGAAGUGUAGAAAUGUGUUCUCACCUUCAUGCGUUUCUCUACAAUCAACUGCUGGUUUGCCUUUUGUAGUGCAAAAACUGAAAGUGGAGGAAAGAGCUCAGUCCUGAUCGAAUAUUUGCCUCUUGUAGAGAUGAAAUUGGCUGAAGAAUUUAUAGUAUAAACUGAAUUCAGACAGCUGAACUCGCGGCACUGAGUAUAAGAGCUCAGUAAAACUGACUUCACAGCAGGCUGUAUCUUAAACUGAACAUGUACAAACAUUUUUUUCUUUCUAAAUUUAUCAAACAAGUUGAGCAAAAACACAUUCGACAAAAAGCUGCAGCUGUAGAUGAUUCGUUACAGCCUGUUAUGUCAAAGUAAACCAGCUCACUUUGCCACCAGCCUGUCGCGCGUGAACCUGAUUAUUUGUGAAAAGACGGUCUCGUCAUCUGUCUGCUGUUCAUUUGAAUCCAGACGUGAAGCAGAAACGUGUCGCUCUCUGCGCUCUAUUAGGAGCUUGUUGUUGAGCUUGUUAUCGCAAAGUGUCACAAUGAUUUUAUUUCAUGUAGAAAGUCACAGUGUGGCUCCACUGACCCUCUACCUCAGGAAUGUUGCUUUUUGCAGUUUAUGAGCUUUAGGAUGUUCUAUUUCUGUGUGUAUUUGUGUUUAAA